UUAAUUUGAAACUCCUAGCUCUUUCACAAUUUGCCUUUGCCCUACAAAUUCAUCUCAAACGGCCAGGAUUUUGUAGUCUCAAUCAGGACUCCGAUCACUUUGUCAAGCAUUAUUACCAUGUUGAGAGAAAGGGCACUAAGGGAUCCCCUCGUCUUAGGAGGAGUAGUUGGAGAUGUCGUGGAUCCAUUUAUCAAGUCAGCGAUUAUGAGAGUCGUGUAUGGUGACAAGGAAGUUACUAAUGGGACCAAGCUCCGGGAGAUAAAUGUGGCAAAUAGGCCAUGUGUCACCAUUGAAGGAAGGGAUGCAAGCAAACUCUAUACCCUUGUGAUGGUGAAUCCUGAUGCACCAAACCCAACAAAUCCAACCAAAAGAGAGUACUUAAACUGGUUGGUGACAGAUAUACCAGAAACCGCUGAUGCAAGCCAUGGAAAUGAGAUAGUCCCUUAUGAGUGCCCACAAGCUCCAGCAGGGUUUCAUCGUAUUGUCUUUGUGUUGUUCCGGCAGGAAGUUCAACAAACUGUAUGUGCACCUGGAUGGCGACAAAACUUCAAUACUAGAGAUUUUUCAGCAAUUCAUGACCUUGGUCUACCUGCUGCUGCUGUAUACUUCAACUGCCAGAGGACGACUGGAUGUGGAGGAAGAAGGUUCUCAGGACUCUACUGAUUGGGAUAUAAUCUAUCAAGAAGAAUCAAUCGCCCGGAGAUCAAAUUUCCAAUGCAUGCCCAAGGAUAGUUCAGUUCAUCAAAAAUUUUGGCUCUCCAGAAGAAUUACCUAAUGUCGCAAAGGAAUUAUCUCUACUAGAUAAAUUCAAGCAUUUCUUACCCCGCCAACUAAAAUAACUCCAGACGAGCUCACGUUUUCUCCCUCAAAAUUGACCAACGCAAAGCAGAUCAAUUUUCAAUCUAAAACAUGACACACUUUUUUUUUUCUUUCUUGUUACCUAUAUUGAUUUCUGUGUGCGCAAGAGAGAUUGAAUUUAAUGAUUCCAAAUCAAUAAAACACUUUCA